AUGCGACCGUGUAAUUAUUCGACAGGAACUGACAAGCGAAAGAUAUCACUAAAGUUCGUGGUUGAUUUGUUGGUGAAGCGUAUAGAUGAGCUCCACCAGUUUAUCAAUUAUCAUGAACUGACGCCGCCAUCCAUGUUCGAUGCCAAUGAGGCAGCCUUAAUACAUGCUUUAGAUACCUUGGGGCUUCGUCACAUAAAAAUGACAUUGAAGGAGAUGGAGACGAGAGAUAGGCCCGUCUCUCAUGAACUCCGAGCACAGCACCAUAAAGUCUUCGAUUCAAACGAAGCGACCGUUGUUGAAAACCUAGAUAUGGACCAUCUUGAUUCAACAAUAGACUUACUCUCAGAGCCAUUCAUGGUCUUGGAACAUCAAGACUCCUAUCAACUCCAUUCUGAUCCAUCUUCGUCGUUUCCUGGGACUUCUAACGAACCGUUUCUGCGCACUGCGGACAAUCCAGUUGAUGAUUCCCAGGCGAGUCUGACCUCGACGGGCGAAUCUGAUCUUCAAGCCCUAUCAAAUACAAGUAUACCUUGCGACUCGAGCACGACCCAUGAUAAUCGCCAAAUACCACAGUCAAAUCCGGUCCAACCCGCCUCACUUAAAGGCACAGAAGGCAGCAGCAUCCUUCAAACAAAUCCUCAGGACAGCGACGACUUAGAAGAUAUUGUCCACAGACUAUCCGAUCGGAUGGGGAGUCUUCAGAUUGGCUCAGAUGGUCGAUUCAGAUACUACGGACCCACAUCUCACUUCAAUCUGUUACAAAUGCCUACACCCGAUAACAUGACAGUCCAUCGUACUGUUCGAAAAGACGGUUGGGAUUAUCUGCAUCGCCUGGGACUUGAUCUGGAAGUUCCUCCCGGUAUGGAAGAGCAUCUGACGAACUUAUUUUUCACCUGGCAUAGUCCUUCUAUCGACGUGGUCGACCGCAAUAUGUAUGAGAUGGCAAAGCAGCAGUGGAAUAAUCAUAUGGAAGACACACCCUACUACUCCGACGCAUUAACAAAUGCUAUGUGCUGUCUCGGUGCUGCCUUCGAGGCACGAUACCAUCCUACAUUUAUCACAUAUCCAAAAUCACUGUCCGACUUUUUCGCAGAUCGGGCGAAGAUUCUUCUCGAAAUUGAACUCGAUUCCCCUACAGUUGCAACAGUGCAGGCUAUGGUUGUUCUUAGCGGACAUGACAUUGGAUGCAGAAGAGAUGCAAGGGGAUGGCUUUAUAGCGGUAUGGCGAUGCGCCUUGCAUUUGAUCUCGGCUUGCAUUUGGAUAUGUCGACGUAUGUCGCAAACGGGUCUAUCAGUGAGGCGGAGGCAGAUUUACGAAGCAUGGUCUUUUGGGGUGCCUAUACGCUAGACCACCAUUGGGGUUUCCUUCUCGGUCGUCCAAUCAGGAUGAAUCUAGAAGAUGUUACCGUUCCAAAGCCCGGGCAUGUUUCACGAGGAGUGGAGCCUCAGCGAUGGAGUCCUUACGGGUUGCCUCAUCCUACUGCAUUCCCCGCAGGUCUGUCACUUUCCCACUCAGCGUCGCUGUUGAGUUUGAGCAGAGUCAGGUUAUCGGAAAUCAUGACACCCCUCGGUCAUGUUCUCUACGGCUCAUCGAAGAUUUCCAGAGAAGCUCUUCAACAGUUGAAUGCGGAAACCACACAGAGACUUCUUGAUUGGAAAGAGAAUCUGCCAGAAUGCCUUAAGGUAAACGUGGCAGAGUGCAAUUCACCUCCACUACCUCACAUCUUGAUGCUCCAUCUUUACUACCACCAAGCCAUCAUCCACGCCCAUCGCCCAUGGAUGUCCAAAAAUGGAAUUCAACCACAGCCUCAACAGGGAGCAGGCUAUGUACACGCAAGAAAAAUGUGUGUAGAGUCUGCCACUGCGAUUUCGAGACUUCUCUAUAUCUACGACAAAUACUACACUUUCCAGAGGAUAAGCGUUCAAGCGGUUGCAAUCACCUGUUCCGCAGCCCUGAUGCUUAUAUUCACAAAAGCCCUUUAUCGAAACUCGUCUAACGACCAAAGCACCUUGGAGAAUCUCAAUGUCUGCUUCCGAGCCUUAGAAGAGUUCGGGUCAUCCUGGGAAAGCGCGAAGAGAGCACAAAGCUUUUUGCUCCAUAUGCAGGGCCUCUGGGAGAGGUCUUCACGGCACUACAGAGGAGGCAAGCGUGUGGUUUCUCAAUCACAGGAUGCUGCUCAUUCAGACCAUUCAAACUCGCCUGGAUCUAAAAGAUCCAGAACUUCAUUUAGUUCUGCCGUGGGCAUGGGCUCUAUGAGCUCGCAUGGUGAAGAUAGUGUACAGAUGGGAUCUGAAUCUGAACAACUUGAUUGGCUUUGGGCUGUGACUAUGGGCUCUUUGCCUCCAACGCGAUAA